CCUCCUUGCUCGGGGGAGCCGCGGGACGCGCCUAGCGAGCGGCGAUUGGCUGACGCGGUGGCUGCGCGUUGGGCCUGAGAAACUCUGGGCGAACGGGCUGAGUCGGCUCCAGGGCGGUUCCCCGCGCAUCCUAGCUUCAUAUCUUGGAGCAAAACCCAGAGACAUUGCCAGAGCAAACAAGAACAGAAGUACAAAUGGAGGACUGGUCAAAAGAUAUAGCCCAUAGUUAUCUUGAGCAGGAGACUACAGAGAGAAUUAAAAGUACACAGCCGGAUGAGCAACUUACUGUGACUUCUAAGGGAAGCGUGCAUCAGAAAUCCAAUGAAUUAGUUAAUGAAGCCACAUAUGAGGAUACAAAACUGCCAGGGCAGAGAUCAAGGAAUUUUUCUUAUCCAAGUGAUGAGUCAUCUUACUACACUACUGAAAAAUCCAACAUUAUGGAACAUACAAAUAAGAAUUUGCAUUAUGAAUGUAUGAUUCCUUGUCAAGUUACUUCAGACUUAAAUAAAGAGAAGACGAUAGCAUUUCUUCUAACAGAAUUGAACAAUCUCAGAGCAAGCAAUAAAAAGCUUCAAGAAAAACUGACUAAAGAAGAUAAAGAACAGAGAAAACUAAAGCUUAAGCUGGAACUCCAAGAGAAAGCAACAGAAGCUCAGAUUGCUGAAAAGACAGCAGCUCUGGUUGAAGAAGUGUAUUCUGCACAGAGAGAACGUGAUGAAGCUGUUAUGUCUCGACUGCAGUUAGCCAAUGAGGAGAGAGACGAAGCCAUCGCACAAGUCAAGCACAUGGAAAUGUCUCUAAAAAUGCUAGAAAAUAUUAACCCUGAAGAAAAUGACAUGACAUUACAGGACUUACUGAACAGAAUAAACAAUGCAGACACAGGCAUAGCUAUUCAGAAGAAUGGAGCUAUAAUUGUGGAUAGAAUCUACAAGACCAAAGCAUGUAAAAAGAGAAUAACUGCAGAAGAAAUGAAUGCAGUGAUAGAAGAACGGGAUGCUGCUUUGUCUCAGUGCAAACGGCUAGAGCAGGAGCUUCAUCAUUUGAAAGAGCAGAACCAGACUUCAGCAAACAACAUGAGACAUCUGACUGCUGAAAACAAUCAAGAACGUGCUCUGAAGGCAAAGUUGUUAGCUAUGCAACAAGCCAGAGAAACAGCUGUUCAACAGUACAAAAAACUGGAAGAAGAAAUUCAGACACUUCGAGUUUACUACAGUUUACAUAAAUCCUUAUCCCAAGAAGAAAAUCUGAAGGAUCAGUUUAACCAUACCCUUAGUACCUAUGAAGAAGCAUUAAAGAGUAGAGAGAAUAUUAUUUUCAUCACUCAACAACAAAAUGAAGAACUAGCUACCCAACUGCAGCAAGCUCUGACAGAUCGAGCAAACAUGGAAUUAGAGCUUCAGCACGCCGUGGAGGCCUCCCAGGCGGCCAGCGACAAAGUUCAGAAAUUGGAAAGGCUGGUGGACGUCUUGAGGAAGAAGGUUGGAACGGGGACCAUUAGGACAGUGAUCUGACUGAAAAAAACGACAGUCUGGGAAGCAAUCACAUCUGGUGACCAGGCUGCUUCAUUCAACACUGUGUAAACACUAAAGCCUUAACUUAGCAAACAGUUGUUAGAAGUGGGACACUCCAACCACAUUCCAAGCUGAGAUAAAAUCAAAUCACAAAUGUUUAACCACUUUGCUGCUGACUUGAGUUAUUUAUCCAAAUGUAUUAACUACAGACUUUUAGCGUACCUAUAAAGUUGUAGUUUAUUUUGUAACUGUUUUAUAUCUCACUGUAUUUUAUAUAACUUUUACUAAGAUACUAUUACAGAAACAUUGUGAAGAUGGUCAGGAUCGUAUCUUCACAUAUGGCCCUUUCUGAAUCAAAAUGCAGCAAAGUAAAUACUGUCUAAACCUUAAUCCACUGUGUUAUAGGUCAAAACUUCAAAUACAUGCAUUUUUCAAUAUAGAGUUUUAUUUCUUACCUGAUGAGAGAAGCUCAGAUAUAAGAGUGUAUAGUCUUCCUUUAAUGCAUGCAUGUAAUCUUUGUUGGUUUUAAAGACUAUUAAGUGUACAUACCAAGAAUUAAAUGUAUGAUUUGUUCUAAUAAGAGUUUGGUACAUUAAAAUUACAUUAAUUAAGGCAUGACGUUUGUUUCAUUACAAAUAAUACAGACUUUUCAAUAAAAAGAAGAUAUUGUUAAUAUGUACUUGUUAAUUCAUAUUAUCAACAUUUUUUAAUGUUUGGUCUGAAUAAUUAUCUAAACUGUAUUUAAGCUGUAGGAAUUGCCAAGUCGGUCUAAUAGACUAAGAUAAUUUUGACUUGAAAAUUUGCACGUGCCAGCAUGACAUCUUCCUAGAAGGCAAGAAGCCAUCAAGCAUAUUCAGUAUCCUUUUCAAUUUUUAUUUAGAUUAUCAUUUGAAUUUUUGUCAUGGAGGAGGAGAAUCCAAUAUGUAAUAUACAAUAAAAUUAUAAUGUAAAAAUAUAUGGACUUGGGGAAAAAACCUACAAUUUGAUUCAGGUUACCUACUUUUUCUUUUAAGAGAUAACUUAAAAUCAUUACAGCAUAGCAGUCACAUCUAAUCAUGUGAAAUUAUUAAUAAAACUAAGAUUUAUGUAU